AGCACCGCACCCUUGUAAAACCCUAUAGAGUGGUGGUUUUCGGUUGCAUCUGAGUCAUAGUUCCUCAUUGUAGACGGUCCCUUGCGCUUCAAACCACCCAUCAUGCAAAGCGCGUCCAACGGCUCAGUAGCUGUAGCAAUCUGUGUUGCUCAGCUCUACCAUUGGGGUGGUCACUGGUGGUCGCAGGCCAGCGAUACUUCAAAACCAGGCCCACGAACUGGACUGAGCCCACCCUGCGCUGUCCACGGAUUACCCGAACUGCUACACGGCAUCCCGGUGAUUGCUGAUCCCUUUGCACCCUACACUGCGUUCCGCCGAGCGGAACAGCGGUGCUGCACGAAUCGAACCUGCACUCCAGUUAGACAGACUCACGUCAAUGGAUUUGGAUAUUAGUCGAACUGAACCGGGAAAUAUGAACGACGGGUUGCAGCUUCAGACACCCAGUCGACAUGAGAAGAGCCUCGGACUUCUCACAACCAAAUUUGUCACUUUGCUGCAAGAGGCGAAGGACGGAGUGCUCGACUUGAAAUUAGCUGCAGACACACUCGCCGUGCGACAGAAGAGACGCAUCUAUGACAUCACCAAUGUGCUGGAAGGCAUCGGGCUCAUCGAGAAGAAGUCCAAGAACAGCAUCCAGUGGAAGGGAGUGGGUCCGGGCUGCAACACCAGGGAGAUCGCUGAUAGGCUGAUUGACCUGAAGGCGGAGCUUGUGGAGCUGGAGCGGCAGGAGCUGGAGUUGGAUCAGCAGAGAGUCUGGGUCCAGCAGAGCAUCAAGAAUGUCACGGACGACAUCAACAACAGCCCUCUGGCGUAUGUCACGCAUGAGGACAUCUGCGGCUGCUUCAAAGGUGACACCCUGCUGGCCAUCCGCGCUCCGUCAGGAACCCAGCUGGAGGUGCCCCUCCCCGAGUCUACUGGUAAUGGGCAGAAGAAAUAUCAGAUGCAUCUGAAGAGCAGCAGUGGGCCAGUUGAGGUCCUAUUGGUCAACAAGGACCCCCAUAGCUCCACCCCUGUGGUGCUCCCAGUCCCGCCCCCAGAAGAUAUGCUCCAACCAGUGCAGCCCAAACAGGCCACACCCACCAGCAAAUCUGCACCAGCCACACCCACACAGAACACCCCCGCACUCCCCCAAGCCCCUCCCCCUAAACAGCAGACUCCGCCCAGCAGCGUAGACCCAGCGGCCUCGGAGUCAGGGUUGUCCAGUAAUAGCUCCAGUGCCCUCAGCUUAACCCCGCCUCCAGACAACCCAUCUGCCAAGGAAGCCUCCUCAUUGGACACUCUUCAGUCCUCUGCCUUAUUGGACAGCAGCUCCUCUCUCCCUGCCUCCAAUGCUGUCUUUGAACCAAUCAAAUCUGAUGCCUUGUUGGACUUCCCCAAGGAGAUGUCCGAGAUGUUUGACCCAACUAAAGAGAGUACUGAUCUUCUGGACGACCUCAUGGCUUCUGAGGUCUUCUCCCCACUGCUGCGGCUCUCUCCUCCCCCGGGUGACCAUGACUACAUCUACAAUCUGGACGAGAGUGAAGGCUUGUGUGACCUCUUCGAUGUGCCCAUCUUCUAGUCUUUCUCCCAAACUCACUCACCGCAUAUGUGGCAUUUACUUGUCAUUCCUUUUGUCCCCUCCCCCUGCCGAACAGAGUUGGCCGACUCUAUUUUUGAAAGACUGUUGUAUAAGCUGAUUUCUUAAAUGUCGAUAUUUUUCAUAAACCUGUUUUAUUAUUUUUGUAAGAAAAGCAAAAUACGUUAAGAGGAUCCUGAGAGAUCAGUUCUGCCCUGUUUAUAGAAGUGGCUAUUAUGUCACAAGACUCUUUAUGACAUCACAAAGCAGUGGUCAUCCUUGCCCAGAUUCUCCUAUGAUGUCACAGACCUUCUCCACACCACGAAGAUCUUAUGACCUCACUGGCCUGUGAUGAUGCCUCAACGUUUUUGACAUCAUAGAAGCAGCUGAUUGGUUGAUGGUCAUUACCUGCUCAUAAUUUUGGGAGGAUUUGCUGCAGCAGCCAAUGGAAAUAAAAUCGUGGACAUUUAGGGGUUGAAACUCAGUAGUACACACACAUGCACACACUUUCACUCUCAUUCAGGCAUACAGUAACAAUUACUGUAUCUAUGUAUAAGGUCAACAAUUGCAUUGAUGAAAGUGAACCAAAUGAGGUGCAUAAAUGAAGAUGGAAAAUCAUUGUGUGUGAGAGAGAGAAAGAGUGUGUGUGUGUGUAAGA